AAGGGCUCCGAAUCAAAGUCUGCUCUGCCAGCCGACAGCCUUCUGAACGCCUUGGGGGUGGACUCGGCUCGGGUUCCUCUCGGAGCAAACGAAGCUUUCCUUUUUUCCGGAGGUCCAAGAGAUCCACUUUCGACUUGAAGGUGCCAGAUUCGACAGCUGGGGCGAGGAAAGGGGAGGAGACCUGGCGGGUGGGGAGGGCCCGGCGUGUGCCACAUCAGGGCUCCCUCCUUCUCCGCCCAUCUGCUGCACCUGGCAUUCCUCUGGGAUGGUGAAGCUGGGAGUCGCCACGGGACCCGACGGCCGGGCUUUGGCCAGUCUCAGCUGUAUGCCUGACCCCUCCGGGAAGCACAAGAAGGGGAAAAAGAAGAUGUGGGAACAGAAGAAGUCCCAGAGCUUGGAGGAACCUAUUGCUGAGGGUUCCCGAAAUGGGACCCAUCAUCCCCCCUUGUCACGAUCCAAAACCUAUGAUCCCUCUUUCUCCAAAGAGGUAGAAAAGGAAAUGGGUUCUUCCCAGCACAGAAGCUCCAUCUCUAAUUUGGUGAAGCACUCUGUGAACUUCCACCGGGCCUUUAAAGACCUUCCCGAAGAGGAGGAGCUCCUGGACACCUUCUCCUGCGCCUGGCAGAGGGAGGUGCCCUAUCAUGGCCGCCUGUAUGUUUCCCAUAACCACGUCUGCUUCUACUGCAGCAUGUUGCGGCGGGAAGUCAAGGUUAUCAUUCCAGUGGCGACGGUCAGCAUCCUCAAAAAAGCCAACACAGCUCUGCUGGUCCCCAACGCCAUCAGCAUCCGGACCACUGAGGGGGAGAAGUUUGUGUUUGGAUCACUGCGUUCACGAGAAACCACUUAUCAGCUGCUGCGUUCUGUUUGUAAACAUCUGCAGGACGGCAGCCGGAACCCCAGUCCGACGGCAUCUCACAACAGCCCUGAGCACCUCCUUAAGAUAUCUCUGACAUCAAGGCAGUUGGACCACAACCUGGCGGAAGAUGAAAUUCUUCUGGAGGAAUCUGAUGGAGUGAGCGAACAACAGAUGUCCUUGAAAACACCUGCUGAAGAGGUGCUGGAAGCCUCAAGCAGAGGAAGGGGACACCCUAAAAAGUCGUUGAAGACCUGGUGGUCUCACCUGAGCUCCCUCAAUGUGAUCAUCCUUAUUUACCUCUUCUUAGUGGUGGUCCUGCUUCUUUCCUCGGGAUACAUCGGUCUGCGGAUCGUCCAGUUGGAGGAACAGCUGACCUCGAUGGGAGCCUGGCCGGAAUUGGACCUGCCGCGUCAGUACAAAGCAAGCUGAGGCAGGCUGGAUCCGGCCUCCAGUGGGGGCUUUGCAUGAAACUUCCACUGCUGUUGUCUUUCCUGCUGAUCAGAUCUUUAAGAGAACAGUUUGGGGGCUCCAUCCCACCCCAAGAAUCUCAGCUCAUGCCAGAAACCCCAAGAAUCUCAGCUCAUGCCAGAAACUUCAAGCCAAAUUUUAACAACCUGGUGACCAAUAUUUCCUUUUGAGAAGGGCUGAAGGGACAACUUCGGAACUCCUUGGUGUCCUGAAGUCUUUUUUUAGUGGCUAGCAGAGGAAUUUGGGGCAACCUCCUCACUUCCCAAGGACACAGUGAGGAGAACAUGAAGAGCAGCUGAAGAUCUCAAGUGGAUAUUUUUUUUCGUUAAAUCAUAGACUGGUGGAGGACUCUGAUUUGGAUUAGGAUCGACUGUUCCGUGCCCCCUGAUGUUUACUGACCCGCAACAGCUGUUUGCCACACGGGGGGAAAUCUUACAGAUCCCAAAACCGGCAUCCAUGUCACUCUUUCAGCUAGUACAAACAUUUCUUCUUUGCAGAGAACUUUUUAUCAUUAGCCAUCUGAAAUUCUUCUGGAGCCGGAACAAAACCCACCCAUAACAGUUUGAAAGGAGUUGCUCCUGACGUUUUGGAAAACCCAUCCUCCAAAUGCAACAACUGGAUGUCCCAUAGGGUGGAGCCUCUAUGUUCAGAGGGAGGUCUACCACUGGAACCAGCAAGCGGAGGCUGGCACCUUCAGACCUUGCUGUUCCCUUUCUCGGGACAGGGGCCCGGCCCUUGCUGAGACUGUGAUCGUUGUGAUCGGGCAAACAGGCCUGUUUUUGCCAUGUUGCUGCUGCUGGGAGAUUUGCCGAACCCUACUGAAGAGGACGAACGUUCUGAAACAGGGAAGAGCGGGGCUUGUUCUCCCUGGCUGCAAGAGGCUAGGAAGCGGACUGAAUGUGUUUGGUUGUAUUAAAUCCAGACCCAACCUUAUUUGGAAGAUUAAAAUCUAGCAAUUUAUAUUGCAAAA